AACACAUCUCGCAAAAUGUCAACAGAUGGAGAAAUUCGGAGAUAAAAACUUAAUUUUCAGCUUCAAGGGGAAAUCAAUAUUUUGCUAACUUCUAAAAUGUCCAAAAGGCAAGCAACAUUCCUGGAAUUUAGGUGUUAAAUGUGUUUUACAAAACUCACGAUUUCUGUGAAACAUUUCAGAAAGACACUAUGGGGAACUCGAAGUCUACAAAGCUUCAUCAUGUUUCUCUCAGCAUGCCCCAGAAAGAACGUGAUCUUCAUCUUGCUGUAAUGGCCAAUGAUAGAGAAGGUGUUCGAGGUUUGAUCAGUGCAGGUGCCAAUGUAAACUAUCCGUGGAGCAAUCCAGCAGUGCCAAGUGUUAAAGACAGUACAACGCCACUUAUAGCCGCUGUUUCUCUUAAUCAUGUAGAAAUAUCGAUGAUUCUACUAAAAGCUGGUGCAGAUAUCAAUAUGACAGACAGGAAUGGUUGUACAGCAUUGUAUAAAGCUGCAUACCAUGGGAGGCCAGUUCUUGUUGAUAUACUAACUCAAGCCGGUGCUGAUUUGAAUAAAGCUGACAAAGAGGGCCAAACUCCAUUAUAUAUCUGUGUACAGAAUGCUAUUGUUCACUCCAGCUAUGCAACUGUUGAAAUGUUACUGGCUGCUGGGGCCAGAGUACAUCAGAGUGACAGAAAUGGAAAAGCACCAAUACAUGUAGCAGCACAUUGGAAAAUAAAAGACAUGUUAAGAAUACUAGCUUCCGCAUCCACAGUGAACAGAAUUGACAAUUUAGGGAGAACCCCGCUGUAUGUGUGUGUCAGCUCCCUAAGUACAGGACUUUAUAAAGAGGACUUGAAAUAUCAAGUUCCUUGUAUUAAGGUACUAUUCCAUGCUCAGUGUGACAUGUUGAAUCUAAUUGACUGGUUAAAAUGGAAAGGACCGGGAAUUCCACCGGAACUGCUCGCAAACGAUGAAGCAUUUUUUGAGUGGUAUACGAAAAGUGGCAGUUCACCACAUUCGUUGAAGAACCUGUGUAGAAAAGUGAUACAACAGAGACUGGUCGAUAAUUGGAAAGACGGAUUCUUAAAAAAAAUUACGUACGUUCCACUGCCAGCAAAGUUACAUGUUUAUUUGUCACAUAAAAUGUUUCUUAUACCAACACCUACAGUACUGCAUAAUGAAAUUUAGAUUGAAAUUGUUAGUGUAUCACUUUAUUGAAAUUUGAUAAUUUCUUUCGUUUUAGUUGAUUGAGAUGAAAUUAGACAGGGUUUCAGAAAUCGAUGUCUGGAGCCUGGAGGCUAACAGAAAAUUCCGUCAGACUACUGAAUUUUUUCAGAGCGUGCCUGCUGGGCUACCUUCAAACUCCAUAUCAAGUAGCCUGGAAUUCAAUACCAUAUAUAGUCUUCAAACAUAAUUUUUGUCUAUUGUCCCCUUGAGUGGUACCUGCUGGAGGCAUUAAUUACCUUACCACCUAUUGUCACAAUUUGCAAACAACCGUUAAUCAUACCCGGAGGCAAAUGUUUACAAAAACAUGUGUACGCAAGAUUUUAGACAGAUCCAAUAACAUCAAAGUUGCUGAUCUGUAGUGUUAAAAACAGUAUGCAAACCAGUCUUAGAAUUAUGUAAUUUUACAGCCCCCUGCCAGAGAGUACUUUCGUUUUCGCUGACCUUUAUAUUUAGCAAGCGAUAACAAGAUAUACAUUGGAUCAGAGACAUUUAAUUAUGAGGCACCGACUUCAUGCUUUUUAAUUUAAAUACUUACAUUACAUGUAAAACAUCGGCCACAUUUGUUUUAGCAAAAUUCGGCAAGUUCAUGUGAGAAACUAUAGAGAAAUUCAGAUAAGUGAAUACACAGCACCAAAAAAAGUGAGAGACGUUAUUUACUCGGUUUUAGUCCUUUUAUUAGCUCAUCUGAUUUUUAGCUCACCUGUCACGAAGUGACAAGGUGAGCUUUUGUGAUCGCGUGGCGUCCGUCGUCCGUCGUCCGUCCGUCCGUCCGUCCAUCCGUAAACUUUUGCUUGUGACCACUCUAGAGGUCACAUUUUUCAUGGGAUCUUUAUGAAAGUUGGUCAGAAUGUUCAUCUUGAUGAUAUCUAGGUUAAGUUCGAAACUGGGUCAGGUGCGAUCAAAAAUUAGGUCAGUAGAUCUAAAAAUAGAAAAACCUUGUGACCUCUCUAGAGGCCAUAUUUUUCAUGAGAUCUUCAUGAAAAUUGGUCUGAAUGUUCACCUUGAUGAUAUCUAGGUCAAGUUCGAAACUGGGUCACGUGGGGUCAAAAACUAGGUCAGUAGGUCUAAAAAUAGAAAAACCUUGUGACCUCUCUAGAGGCCAUAUUUUUCAUGAGAUCUUCAUGAAUAUUGGUCAGAAUGUUCACCUUGAUGAUACCUAGGUCAAGUUUGAAACUGGUUCACGUGGGGUCAAAAACUAGGUCACUAGGUCUGAAAAUAGAAAAACCUUGUUACCUCUCUAGAGACCAUAUUUUUCAUGAGAUCUUCAUGAAAAUUGGUCAGAAUGUUCACCUUGAUGAUACCUAGGUCAAGUUCGAAACUGAGUCACGUGGGGUCAAAAACUAGGUCAGUAGGUCUAAAAAUAGAAAAACCUUGUGACCUCUCUAGAGGCCAUAUUUCUCAAUGGAUCUUCAUGAAAAAUGGUCAGAAUGUUCACCUUGAUGAUAUCUAGGUCAAGUUUGAAACUGGGUCACGUACGGUCAAAAACUAGGUCAGUAGGUCUGAAAAUAGAAAAACUUUGUGACCUCUCUAGAGGCCAUAUUUUUCAUGGGAUCUUUAUGAAAAUUGGUCAGAAUGUUCAUCUUGAUGAUAUCUAGGUCAAGUUCGAAACUGGGUCACAUGCUCUCAAAACUAGGUCAGUAGGUCUAAAAAUAGAAAAACCUUGUGACCUCUUUAGAGGCCAUAUUUUUCAAGAGAUCUUCAUGAAAAUUGGUCAGAAUGUUGACCUUGAUGAUAUCUAGGUCAAGUUCGAAACUGGGUUACGUGCGGUCAAAAACUAGGUCAGUAGGUAUAAAAAUAGAAAAAUCUUGUGAUGUCUCUAGAGGCCAUAUUUCUCAAUGGAUCUUCAUGAAAAUUGGUGAGAAUGUUCAGCUUGAUGAUAUCUAGGUCAAGUUUGUAACUGGGUCAUGUGCGGUCAAAAACUAGGUCAGUAGGUCGAAAAAUAGAAAAACCUUGUGACCUCUCUAGAGGCCAUAUUUUUCACGAGAUCUUCAUGAAAAUUGGUGAGAAUGUUCACCUUGAUGAUAUCUAGGUCAAGUUUAAAGGUGGGUCACAUGCCUUCAAAAACUAGGUCAUUAGGUCAAAUAAUAGAAAAACCUUGUGACCUCUCUAGAGGUCAUAUUUUUCAAUGGAUCUUCAUGAAAAUUGGUCAGAAUUUUUUAUCUUGAUGAUAUCUAGGUCACAUGUGCUCAAAAACUAGGUCACUAUGUCAAAUAAUAGAAAUAACGACGUCAUACUCAGUUCAACACUGGGUCAUGUGGGGAUAGGUGAGCGAUUCAGGACCAUCAUGGUCCUCUUGUUUUAAAAAGAUGAUGAGUUAUUGUCAUCACUUGAUUGGUGUCGGCGUCGGCAUUGCCUGGUUAAGUUUUAUGUUUAUGUCAGCUUUUCUCCUAAACUAUCAAAGGUAUUGCUUUGAAACUUGCAACUCUUGUUCACCAUCAAUAGCUGACCCUGUACAGCAAGAAACAUAACUCCAUCCUGCUUUUUUCAAGAAUUAUUGCCCCUUUUGGACUUAGAAAAUCAGAUUUCUUGGUUAAGUUUUAUGUUUAGGUCAACUUUUCUCAUAAACUAUCAAAGCUAUUGCUUUAAAACUUGCAACACUUGUUCACCAUCAUAAGCUGACCAUGUACAGCAAGAAACAUAACUCCUGCCUUUUGCAAGAAUUAUGGCCCCUUUUGGACUUAGAAAAUAUCAGAUUUAUUGGUUAAGUUUUAUGUUUAGGCAAACUUUCCUCCUAAACUAUCAAAGCUAUUGCUUUGAAAUUUGCAACAGUUGUUCACCAUCAUAAGCUGACUCUGUACAUCAAGAAACAUAACUCCAUCCUGCUUUUUGCAAGAAUUAUGGCCCGUUUUGUACUUAGAAAAUCAUGGGUAGGACAAUUUUUCUAUUAUACAAAAUAAUCAGAUGAACGUCAGCACCUGCAAGGCGGUGCUCUUGUUAAACAACUUAUUAAAAGAAUGAAUUAGUUGUCGGCUUUUAAUAAUUUUAUGAGUUAAAUUGCAGUUGAUACUGCCCUAAGGAAUUUGCAAGUUUAAACAAAAAAAUGGACAUUCCUUUUUAGCUCACCUGUCACAAAGUGACAGGUGAGCUUUUGUGAUCGCGCAGCGUCCGUCGUCCGUCCGUGUGUGCGUGCGUAAACUUUUGCUUGUGACCACUCUAGAGGUCACAUUUUUCAUGGGGUCUUUAUGAAAAUUGGUCAGAAUGUUCACCUUGAUGAUAUCUAGGUCAAGUUCGAAACUGGGUCAACUGCGGUCAAAAACUAGGUCAGUAGGUCUAAAAAUAGAAUAACCUUGUGACCUCUCUAGAGGCCAUAUAUUUCACAAGUUCUUCAUGAUAAUUGGUCAGAACGUUCAUCUUGAUGAUAUCUAGGUCAAGUUUGAAACUGGGUCACAUGCCGUCAAAAACUAGGUCAGUAGGUCAAUAAUAGAAAAACCUUGUGACCUUUUUAAAGGCCAUAUUUUUCAUGGGAUCUGUAUGAAAGUUGGUCUGAAUGUUCAUCUUGAUGAUAUCUAGGUCAAGUUCAAAACUGGGUCACAUGCGGUCAAAAACUAGGUCAGUAGGUAUAAAAAUAGAAAAACCUUGUGACCUCUCUAGAGGCCAUAUAUUUCAUGAGAUCUUCAUGAAAAUUGGUCAGAAUGUUCACCUUGAUGAUAUCUAGGUCAAGUUUGAAACUGGGUCACAUGCAGUCAAAAAUUAGGUCAGUAGGUCAAAUAAUAGAAAAAUCUUGUGACCUCGCUAGAGGCCAUAUUUUUUAUGGGAUCUGCAUGAAAGUCAGUCUGAAUGUUCAUCUUGAUGAUAUCUAGGUCAAGUUUGAAACUGGGUCAACUGUGGUCAAAAACUAGGUCAGUAGGUCUAAAAUUAUUAAAAUCUUUUGACCUCUCUAGAGGCCAUAUUUUUCAAUGGAUCUUCAUGAAAAUUGAUCUGAAUGUUCACCUUGAUGAUAUCUAGAUGAGUUUCAAAACUGGGUCACGUGUGGUCAAAAACUAGGCCAGUAGGUAUAAAAAUAGAAAAACCUUGUGACCUCUCUAGAGGCCAUAUUUUUCAUGAGAUCUUCAUGAAAAUUAGUGAGAAUGUUCACCUUGAUGAUAUCUAGGUAAAGUUCAAAACAGGGUCACUCGUGACCUCUCUAGAGACCAUAUUUUUCAAUGGAUCUUCAUGAAAAUUGGACAGAAUUUUUAUCUUGAUAAUAUCUAGGUCAAGUUCAAAACUGGGUCACAUGAGCUCAAGAACUAGGUCACUAUGUCAAAUAAUAAAAAAAAAAGACGUCAUACUCAGAACUGGGUCAUGUGGGAAGAGGUGAGCGAUUCAGGACCAUCAUGGUCCUCUUGUAUGAUGUUGUCAUGAUGUUGUCAUGUUGCAAUAAUGAAUGAGGGAAGAAUUUCCAGUUUAAUUAGUUUUAUCUUUUAAAAUGAAGAAAAGGAGAAAAAAUCGAGUAUUAAAAUGAUAAUUGCUAUUUUAGAGAACAAAAUCUAUAACAACAUUAGUUGUGGGUACCAUUACUUAACUGACGCUAUUUUUAUGUUCUGAUGGUCGCAUCCAGAGAUCUAAAACAGCAUAUAACGUCGCUGAAGCUGAAUUGUUUUAGCUAUAACAACAUGUGCGUGUGGCUAAAAUUAUGAAACCCUAUAUUAAUCUAAGCAUUCCAUCUAACUGUUGUAUACAAGCACUUGGUAAAUAAACCAAAACGGCCAUUGCCAAAUAAACGUACAUGUUCUGCCUACCAGACAAAAAUAUUGAUAGCAUGGGCUACCUGUAAAUUUGCAGAUUUCUGAAACCCUGAAUUAUAGUGGUUUUUUUUAUAUACCGUAGAAAUAUUUUUAAAAGAACUAUACUGUAGACCUUAAAAGGCUUACAUUAAACUGUUUUCUAUGAUAUAAAAAGUAAGUUUAGCUCAUAACUUUUAUAAUUUUUCCACUGAAGAAUAUAGAAAUUAUAACUUUUAAUGACUGUGAUACUGAGAUGGUAUGAAAGGUGUAGGUGGUAGAGAGUUUUAGAUACUUCUGUGUGAUUUUGUGUGGAUUUCAUGAUACUGUAGAAUCAUUUCAUUUCGUGGGCAUGAAAUUUCAUAGUUUUGGUCAAAAUGGCAGUUUUGUGGGAAUAUGAAUUUGUGGAUUUCAACUUUUGAACAUAAAAUGAAUGGGAAUUUUACUUGUUCUUUGGGAAAAAAUUUUGUGGAUUGACUCAACCACAAAAUCCACGAACGUUAGUCCCCCACGAAUAUAAAUGAUUUCACAGUAAUAGAUUUAGUUCUCAUAAAUGAACAUUAAUACAAGUAACUUUCUUUGAAAUACUGAUUCCUAGUCCCACAGCUUUUUUCUGCGAUACCUUCUGCAUUGGUAAAUUAAUUUGAAACAUAUAUAAAUGUCUUAACUUUCUUUUGUUUAAUUGAUUUGAUAAUGCAAAAAAGUAAAUGAGCCGCACAAUGAGAAAACCAACAUAGUGCAUUUGCGACCAGCAUGGAUCCAGACCAGCCUGUACAUCCACGCAGUAUGGUCAGGAUCCAUGCUGUUCGCUUUCAAAGCCUAUUUCAAUUAGAGAAAUCGUUAGCAAACAGCAUGGAUCCUGACCAGACUGCGUAGAUGCUCAGGUUGGUCUGCCUCCAUGCUGGUCGCAAAUGCGCUAUGUUGGUUUUCUCAUGGCACUGCUCAAAUAUCCAAUUUUACGUAUUUUACUCUGGCGGGAAAUGUCUCAAUUGUUUAUGGAGACUAUGGAAUCAAACAAUAAUUACCAUUACCGGUUUGCUACCUUAAAAAAUGACAUGACAUUGAUAGUCAUAAUAGUGAUUGUAGGGAACGCUGAAAGACACUUCUGUUUUAAAGCAGUGCUUCCCUGGUAAUUAUGCCCCUGAAGGGAGGCAUAUAGUUUUUGAACCGUCUGUCGGUCUGUCGGUCUGUCAGUCUGUCCGCAAUUUUCGUGUCCGGUCCAUAUCUUUGUCAUCGAUGGAUGGAUUUUCAAAUAACAUGGCUUGAAUGUGUACCACAGUAAGACGACAUGUCGCGCGCAAGACCCAGGUCCGUAGCUCAAAGGUCAAGGUCACACUUAGACGUUAAAGAAUAGUGCAUUGAUGUGCGUGUCCGGUCCAUAUCUUUGUCAUCCAUGGAUGGAUUUUCAAAUAACUUGGCAUGAAUGUGUACCACAGUAAGACGACGUGUCGCGCGCAAGACCCAGGUCCGUAGCUCAAAGGUCAAGGUCACACUUAGACGUUAAAGGAUAGUGCAUUGAUGGGCGUGUCCAGUCCAUAUCUUUGUCAUCCAUGGAUGGAUCUUCAAAUAACUUGGCAUGAAUGUGUACCACAGUAAGACAAAAUGUCACGCGCAAGACCCAGGUCUGUAGCUCAAAGGUCAAGGUCACACUUAGGUCAUUUUUCAUGAUAGUGCAUUGAUGGGCGUGUCCGGUCCAUAUCUUUGUCAUUCAUGCAUGGAUUUUAAAAUAACUAUGCAUGAAUGUGUGGCACGGUAAGACUACGUGUUACGCGCAAGACCCAUCUCCGUAGGUCAAAGGUCCUAAACUCUAACAUCGGCCAUAACUAUUCAUUCAAAGUGUCAUCGGGGGCAUGUGUCAUUAUAUGGAGACAGCUCUUGUUUUAUGCAUAUAUUAUACAGGUUGAUAAUUUUCUUGAAAAUUUACAAUCAUUCAAAUGUAAUUAAGCAUCUUUUAAGCAUUUUUGAAUUUUAAAACUUUGUUUCCGUUGUAGUUAAUAUCAAUAAUUUUUUCAGAAAGUCUUAAGUAGACAUUUAUUGUUGCAUGCUUGGAGAAUUUUGCUGCAUCGGUAUGUACAUAGGUAAUGGAAUCUUUAUCAGAGAUUUACUAUUUUAAAAAACUAACCAGUGUAUAUAAAUAAGUUUGUGUUUAUAAAAUAAAACAGAGGUACAGAAAUCAAUAUAUACACUGGUCACUGAAAGUUGCUGUGGGAUAAGCAAAGUGCUCAGAUAUCCAGAGGACAUAGUAACUAAAAUGAAAACAACAAGGGACCACAUAAAUUUAGGUAAAUCUCCAAAACUUAGAGGUGGGGGUGGGGGAGUGGGACCGGAGCACAUGAUGUUCUUGGUCUGGUUGUUUGUCCUUUGGGCUGUUGGUCACAAAAUCAUGUCUACUCUGUUUAUUCCCCCACCCCCUUAAAGAAGUUUCUGAUAAAAUGCCACAAAUGUUUCUCAUAAAUUGAGGGAGAGUGCUGAACACAACUUUUAGUAAUGUCAGAUCUAGGUCAAGGUCUUGCGGCAAGUUCAGUAAGCAGUAUUUAAUGUCUGUUUCGUACCUUACUAACCUCCUUAGUAAAGAAUUUUUUAAUUAUGUGUCACAAAGAGACAACAUUCAGUCUGCAACUGCAUUCACCCUUCCAUUGAAAUGUACCAAUGUAGUAAGAUACGUGUUUUUCUCAAAAGCUGAGUUAUAUCUUUAAAUGUUUUACAUGGUAUUGAUAUAAUUUUUAUCUCUACAGUAUACUGAAAAGCCUAUGCCCUGCAGUAUUCUGAAAAGCCUAUGCCCUGCUUUGAUCAGAGAUGUUAUUGCUAACUUUUGAUUGUGAUAAAAUAACAAUUAUUUCUGAAUUUUGUGAUUACAAGUUGCGAUAACCACAUCUCAGCCUUUGGUAUUAUUUUAGGAUUUUAUUGUUCCCACAACAUUUUUUUUGUGAAAAUUAAGUUAUAUGUACUUAUAUUGAUUACUUGCAUAAGAAUUAUUGAUGUACAGACCUGUGUAGUAUGCACAACACUGUUAUGUAGACAUUAUGUCGGAUGCACAUAGAGAUAUAUAAACACUUGAUUGUACACUAAUAGCUCAAGAGAGCUUUAACUACCACUGUAUAUGUUUUGACUGUAUGUUUCUGUAAAACAGCUUCUGAAAUCAAACUGCACCACAAGAAAAUGUAUCCUUUGGUUAAAUUAGAGUAUAUCACUAACAGUGUGAAAAUUAACAUGCAGUAAAGUGAAGUUAUACUAUAUCAGGUUUGUCAAGCCACGUGACUUUUGGAUACCGUACACUCGGAGAAAGUGUCCCUAUUCUGGUGAUAUUUUGCCUAUAUUUUCCAUAUUACUUGACAGAUUUUCAAAAGUGUGUAUGUUUUCUACAUAGACAAGGAAAACCAGUUGAGCAAAGUGUUUGAGAAAAAUACUUCGAACUGAUGGCAGACACUUCGUGUGCGAAUUGAAAGCAUUUGUUGUUGCCUUCAACGCAUUUCCACUUUAUGAAAAUAUUUCAAGUGAUAAAAAAUAUAGGCAAAAUUUUGCCUUAAUCGAGAUGUUUUCUCUAUGUGUACAUUGUCCAAAAGUCAUGCGGGUUAGCUACCAGGUAUAUUGUUCUUUAAAAUUUUGUUAUAAAUAUGGUUUGAUGGAGAAUUUAGAAAUGUACAAAUCUAAACUACGAAGAUUGCUAUAAGGUACAUUUUGUUUUGAUGAUGUUUGAUUAUUUUUGAAUCUCGACUGAUUUUGAUGAAUGACUGUCAGGACUUCUUGCAGUUUUGUACACUGUUUUAGAUGUGUGUUCACUCUUCGAAUGCUUGCUAGUUUUUACUGAUUGUAUUUUAAAGACUUUGGCAUAUAUUUUCCGUUAUACUGCUUGUUAAUUACAUGUAGUGUGGACAGUCUGUUAAGUAGAAGCUGUGCGAACUGCAAAAUAUUCCAGACUGAAGCCCAGUAAACAGCUUAUCACUUAAAACCUGUGGAACUUUAAAACAUGUAAACUUUGACAUUGCCUAGAAAUUGAAAUCUCUCCAGGCUAGAAGGUCAGUAAGCUAGUAUCCUACCUGGAAUCAGAAACCACUCAUAACUGGAAUCCUUCUAACAGCUGAUAAUUUAAUCCUGCAGAUUGGACAUAUUGUCAUCUGGUACCCUGCCUAUACAUUGUAAUUGAAAACCCCUGUAAAUGUGAAAGCCUGUAUACUGGUUCCCUGCUUUUAACUGGAAACCCCUACAAAUGGGAGAAACUGGAAACCGGUCAGGACCUGAAAGCCUGUACACUUAUACCCCAUCUAAAUUAGCGAUUGUUUCAAUCACAGAUUUUUAAAGUUCUCAGAAAAAAUGACUCCAGGUCAGAAACGCUGAAUAUAGUGAAGCACAUGUUUCGUUUCAAUUGUUUCAACUUUUCUUUCAAGUUAGACAAAAUUUAGGCUGGGCCUGAAAUACCUUCAGAGAUAUACAUACAUUUUUCAUUAUGUCUAGUAAUAGUAAUUUGCAAGACACUUGUUUUAAAAACUAAUGAUCUAAGUAAAGCUGCGUAUGCUAAGAAAAUUAUGAAAUUGUAGAGAAAAAAACAACAUUUUUAGCUCACCUGAGCACAUAGUGCUCAAGGUUAGCUGUUGUGAUCACCCUGUGUUCGUUGUACGUCAUGGUCUAUAGUGAGUCAUCCCAUUUGUGCAGUUUAAAUGUUAACAUUGAAGAGGUCACAGUUUUGGCCUGAUCUUAUUGAAACUUUAAAAUCUUGGAUGAAUUUCUUUCUGGCUUAUCUGGGGUCAAAAACUAGGUCACUUGGUCAAUGACUAGGAAAACCUUGUAAACACUGAGAUCUUAAACUAGGUCAGUAGGUCAAACAAUAGAAAAAACUUUUUUUACACUCUAGAGGCCACAUUUUCUACUUGAUCUUCAUAAAACUUUGUCAGAAUGCAUGUCUGUAUGAAAUUUUGUAUUUCAAAAUAAUUUCACAGAUAUUUUCCAUGCAUGACCCUCUACGAGAACUGUUCAAGCAACUUGUGGAACUCAGGUGAGUGAUCUAGAGCCAUCAUGGCCCUCUUGUUUUAUUGACAGAAUCUUGUUAAUAGACUUUGUUAUUUACAGUCUUGUUAAUAGACUUUUGUAUUUGUUAUUAACAGAACUUUGCUGCUGCAACUUUAUUGGAUUCUUACAGUAAUAUCCAAAAUAUAUUGGUUCACUUGAUGCAUGCAGCAGUACAUACAGCUGUCAACCAAAACUGGUAAAAAUGCUAUACAUACCUAGCAAAAGCAUGACCCCCUUGUUUCCCUUUAUGUAUGUAGUGAAAACUUUAAAUGCAGGCCUGAUUUUGAUCUAUGACCAACAUGGGUUUUUUGUAUAUUACAUGUUUGUGAUGUUAUUUCUUACUAAGUUUUAGAAUUUCUUAUUUGAAUUUUUACUGUCAUUUGAUCUGUGUUUCAUUAAAAAUAUUUUUAGUGUCAAGUUAAAGUCUUGAUUUUUAAGCCUUUCUGAGCGCUUGCACUCAGGCAAGAUACAGUGACUGCUGUGUGUCUGUUGUGUGUCAAUUGCGAUCAAUAUUUUGCUUCAAACUACAUCUCUGAAACCACUUUGUUAACUUUAAUUGAACUUCAUAGAUCUGUUCCUCGGGUGGUUACCUUGAAAAUGGGAAAGAAAUACUUAAUCUUCUUGUUAGAAACCAUUGAACAGAUUUAAACAUAAUGCAGAAAUGUUCUUUGGAUGACAUAAAUGUCUACUUAAAAACAAAUUUUCAAUUAAGAGAAGAUCCAAUUACCUCCCUUUGAUUUCUUUACUACAAUAGUUAUAUCAUUAGUACCAUAUGUUAUUUGAUGAAAAUUCGUAAAAAAUCUUGACAGGAGAGUGAAUCAGAUAUGUGAUAAAAAUCUCUAGUUGUAUUCAUUGCCUCGGUGAAACACAGCUCAGAAUUUUCAUUUCAGAAAUUACAGUAACAUUUUGAGUUUUUCAUUUGAAUUGUCUUUCGACUGAAUUUGAAAGAUCUGCACAUAUUUUGUCAUUAUUUUAUUUUAUUGUUUUGCUUUUGAUAGCCUAUUGCUCAUUUGUUUUUAUAUUUAGUCCCAAAGCUAUACUCGCAGAACUCAACAGAAAUGGUGUUCUGUCAUUCAUCUUUACAUGCCCAAAUACACUCAAUCUCGACUUGAAGAUAUGUGCCAAGUUAAAUUUCACAAAACAAUCUUUUCCAUAGAUUUAUAUAUGAGCCGUGCCAUGAGAAAACCAACAUAGUGGGUUUGCGACCAGCAAGGAUCCAGACCAGCCUGCGCAUCCGCGCAGUCUGGUCAGGAUCCAUGCUGUUCGCUAACAGUUUCUCCAAUUCCAGUAGGCCUUAAAAGCGAACAGCAUGGAGCCUGACCAGACUACGCGGAUGCGCAGGCUGGUCUGGAUCCAUGCUGGUCGCAAACCCACUAUGUUGGUUUUCCCAUGGCACGGCUCAUAUGUAUAUACAUUCACAAAAGUCAUGUUUUUGAAAAUGAUUCAAGUAGUAUCGAAAUAAUAUACAUCUGUGUUUUUAUAAAAUGUAAACAAGUUUGAAAUUCCUUUUGACUAUCUUUGAUAUUGACAUUCUAGUGAUGCUGGUGAUAUUCAGACGGAAAAUUUUAUUGAAUUUUUUGCAAAAAGUUUUAUAAGCUUGCAUAGCUUCAGUGCAUAUUUGUAUAAAAUUUAGGUUAAAUGUGUUAUUUUAUAAAACUAUCUUUUAGGGGUCAAUACUUGAUCUUUUAGGGAAUUGCAUCAUACAGUAUUCUGGGAAAUGACUUUAUUUUUAAGCUAUAAGAACAUUUCAGGUGUGUGAGAAAAAAAUAGAUUUGAACAUUCAGAAACAUUUUUACACUUUUAGCAAUGACAAAUGUGUAUGAAAACCAGUAAAAGACUAUAUAUAGAAAUGUAGUAUUUAAGUUUAUAACUUAUAUAGGUGGUAUUGCAUAUUUCAAAAUCAGGAAAAUUUGGUGUACAGUCAUUUAAAUAGAUAUAAUGAAACAGACUUUGUAAUAUAUAUCAUACCAGUUACAAAUGGCAACUUAUGUGUUAUCUGAUAAAACUGGCAAUGUUGAUAUCUUUUUCUUUUUUAGCUCACCUGAGCACGAAGUGCUCAAAGGUGAGCUUUAGUGAUCACCCUGUGUCCGGCGUCCGUCGUCGUCCGUCCGUCUGUCCGUCCGUCGUCAACAAUUUGACUGUUAACACUCUAGAGGUCACAUUUUUGGCCCAAUCUUAAUGAAACUUAGUCAGAAUGUUACCCUCGAUAAAAUCUUGGACGAGUUCGAUAUUGGGUCAUCUGGGAUCAAAAACUAGGUCACCAGGUCAAAUCAAAGGAAAAGCUUGUUAACACUCUAGAGGUCACAUUUUUGGCCCAAUCUUAAUGAAAUUUGGUCAGAAUGUUACCCUCAAUAAAAUCUUGGACGAGUUCUAUAUUGGGUCAUCUGGGAUCAAAAACUAGGUCAUCAGGUCAAAUCAAAGGAAAAGCUUGUUAACACUCUAGAGGUCACAUUUUUGGCCCAAUCUUAAUGAAACUUGGUCAGAAUGUUAUCCUUAAAAAAGUCUUGGACGAGUUUGAUAUUGGGUCAUCUGGGGUCAAAAACUAGGUCAUCAGGUCAAAUCAAAGGAAAAGCUUGUUAACACUCUAGAGGUCACAUUUUUGGCCCAGUCUUAAUGAAACUUGGUCAGAAUGUUACUCUCAAUAAAACCUUGGACAAAUUUGAUAUUGGGUCAUCUGGGAUCAAAAACUAGGUCACCAGGUCAAAUCAAAGGAAAAGCUUGUUAACACUCUAGAGGUCACAUUUUUGGCCCAAUCUUAAUGAAACUUGGUCAGAAUGUUACCCUCAAUAAAAUCUUGGACAAGUUCGAUAUUGGGUCAUCUGAGAUCAAAAACUAGGUCAUCAGGUCAAAUCAAAGGAAAAGCUUGUUAACACUCUAGAGGUCACAUUUUUGGCCCAAUCUUAAUGAAACUUGGUCAGAAUGUUACCCUCAAUAAAAUCUUGGACGAGUUUGAUAUUGGGUCAUCUGGGGUCAAAAACUAGGUCAUCAGGUCAAAUCAAAGGAAAAGCUUGUUAACACUCUAGAGGUCACAUUUUUGGCCCAAUCUUAAUGAAACUUGGUCAGAAUGUUACCCUCAAAAAAAUCUUGGACGAAUUUGAUAUUGGGUCAUCUGGGGUCAAAAACUAGGUCACCAGGUCAAAUCAAAGGAAAAGCUUGUUAACACUCUAGAGGUCACAAUUUUGGCCCAAUCUUAAUGAAACUUGACCAGAAUGUUAAUCUUGAUGAUCUUAAGGUCCAGUUUGAAUCUGGGUCAUGUAGGAUCAAAAACUAGGUCAUCAGGUCAAAUCAAAGGAAAAGCUAGUUUACACUGUAGAGGCCACAUUUAUGACCAUAUCAUAAUGAAACUUGGUCUGAAUGUUAAUCUUGAUGAUCUUAAGGUCAAGUUUAAAUCUGGGUCAGGUGGGGUCAAAAACUAGGUCACUAGGUCAGAUCAAAGGAAAAGCUUGUUAACACUGUAGAGGCCAUAUUUAUGACUGUAUCUUCAUGAAACUUAGUCAGAAUGUUAAACUUGAUGAUCUUUAGGGCAAGUUUGAAUAUGGGUCAUGUCGGGUCAAAAACUAGGUCACGGGGUCAAAUCAAAGGAAAAGCUAGUUAACACUUUAGAGGCCACAUUUAUGACCAUAUCUUAAUGAAACUUUGUCAGAAUGUUAAUCUUGAUGAUCUUUAGGUCAAGUUUAAAUCUGGGUCAGUUGGGGUCAAAAACAAGGUCACUAGGUCAUAUCAAAGGAAAACCUUGUUAACACUCUAGAGGCCACAUUUAUGACUGUAUAUUCAUGAAACUUAGUCAGAAUGUUAAACUUGACGAUCUUUAGGUCAAGUUCGAAUCUGGGUCAUGUCGGGUCAAAAACUAGGUCACGGGGUCAAAUCAAAAGAAUGGCUAGUUAACACUUUAGAGGCCACAUUUAUGACCAUAUCUUAAUAAAACUUGGUCAGAAUGUUAAUCUUAAUGAUCUUUAGGUCUGUAGGUCAGGUGAGCGAUACAGGGCCUUCAUGGCCCUCUUGUUUAAAAGAAAGGUUUAGAACAGAAAUCUUGACACCUGAAAUCAUUUGAAAGUGUUUAGAAAAUCAAAUUGAGAUUUGCAGACAGUUAUCUCAGAAUCCAACACAAUGACUGGUACAUUUUAUUAGCUCAAAUGAACUUUUUUUCAGGGUGAGCUAUUAACCCUUAGCCUGCUGCAGGCGAAUUUAACAGCCUUUGCAAACAGCUUGGAACCAGAUCAGACGCCGAUUAAAUCGGCGUCUGAUCAGGUUCAAAGCUGUUUGCUACUCUGACAAUAUUUCUUCCAAUUUUGGAGCAAAUUGAAUGAACUUUACAAUUUUAGCAGACAACAUUUCCAGCAGACGACAAUUUAUCUAGCAUGCUAAAGGUUAAUAUAGGUGGAUGAUCUGGAAUCUGGCAUCACUUGUUCUGUGCCAAUAUCUUUACUUAACCAUAUUUUGCACUGCAACUACUGGUCUGAAUUACAUCAAACUUGAUCAGUAGCAUCCUAGCAUAGACUGUUCUCAAAUGUGUUCAAAUAGUUAAGCUUGGCCCACUAGAGCUAAAAAAAGAAAAACCUAGAAACAAUGUUGUCUAAUGAACUAGAUGAUGGAUUUUCAUCAAACUUGGUUUGUAGCAUCUUUGUAUGUACCUCUGUCAGUUUUAUCCGAAUAUUUUGGCUUGUGUCAAUAGAACUAAAAGUAGUUAAACCUUUAAGCAGCUUUUUUCACCUGAAUCUUGUACUGGAGCAUCCUUGUAUACAACUUUCUUAGUUUUAGUUCAAGAGGUUUUGCUUAGGGCUUCCAGAGUUACAAGUAGGAAAACCUUUUAAACAACUUCUUUUUGUGAACCAUUUGAAGGAUCUUCACCAGACUUGGUGUGCUUCAUCCUAAAAUGGUCCUGUUAUAUUUGUUCAGGUGAUUCCUUUUGAUCCAGUUUAGGGCUGGCAGAGCUAAAAAUAGAAAAAAAAACUUUAAACAACUUUUCUUACAAACCACUUGAUAGAUCUUCACCAGACAUGUUUCAUAGCAUCCUUGCAUUUAUCUCUCCCAGUUUUGUUUAGUUGGUUCUGUUAGUUAAAAAUGAAACACACUUUGAAGAUUGUUAAACUUGUUCUGUAACAUUACUGGAUUGACCUUUCUCUUUUGUAUUUAAAUUCCGUUUGACUGCAGGCUGCCAGAGUGGUAAAGUCUAUUAAUUAAAAAACUUCUCACAGACAUGAUGGAUCGAACGUGAUCUUAAGCAUCUUUGAAUGGAUCUCUCUCAAGUUUGCUGGUUACUUAUUUUAUGGCCAUCACAUUACAAAAUAAAAAGAUUUUCAAUAGCAUCUACUGACCUGCUACUUAGAUGUUUAAAGCAAAUUCAAAGGGUCAGGAUCCCCCUUAGGUGAGCGACUUAGGCCACGGCUGCUUGUUUAUCAUGUGGUAA